GAAAAUUAUAGAUCGUCGCGGUUUAUUAUCGUCUGCAUAUUGGAAACAUCAUUAAUUUAGACGUUCCGUGUGAAAAACAGUAAAUAUUUUAUGACAGCAUGGCAUCAGUCAUGCUUCCGCUGUUUAAUCCGGAUCUUCCCUGCCUGGGUGCCAUCCUUGGCGGUCUUCCUAUCGGGAAAAAAAUUAUCAUACAAGGCACGCUGACGAGCAACAGAUUUAACAUCAACUUGCAGUUAGGGCCCGAGGUCGCUCCACGGGACGAUACGGCGCUUCAUCUGAGCGUUCGGCCCAACGAACGUACCAUCGUGCUUAACUCGUACGUCGGUCAAUGCUGGCAAGAUGAGGAACGCUCUAGCUUCUGCCCGAUCGCCAUUGGGCAACCAUUCACGAUCGACAUCAGAGUAGAGGAGUCUUGCUUCGUAAUCGUCAUCAACGAUGAAACGUUUGCCACAUUUCAACACCGCCAACCGAACGAUAUGGUAAACUAUAUUCAUCUAGGAGAAGGAGCCACCAUCGACGCAGUGGUGGAAUCGUUCUGAAGCAAGAGGCAUUCCGCCAUCAAAAUAUCUUAUUGCGAAAGUAGGUCGGAUCUUUGAGAUUGAACAGGUUCAAGUUCGAGGAGAAAUGGGAAAGUGAAGUCUAUCGUUGGGUUGGGAACGAGCCCAAAAACAAAUGCUGGGUGUUUGCCUGUUCGAAUGUUACAGAAGUGUUUCUCGGAAAGCAAAGACUAAAAAUGGAAGCUUUCAGUUUAUUUAUGAAAAAUUGUGUAAAACCUUAUCAUAGGUGUCAUAGUUGCAAUUGCAUAAGCAUGAGAAGAAAUAAAGAUGCUCUUAUGUUUGCACCUUUCAG